AUAAUAUAUUAAAACUAGGGCUGUCAAGAGAUUUUUUUUAAAAACGUGUGUCUCUGUCUCUGCAGAAUUAUCUGUCUUCGGAGAUCAGCUGAGUGUCUCAGUGGAACCCGGAACCUCCUGCAGACCAGAACCAGGACCUGAGCCGGACCUCCACCCGGCCCCCGGGGAGGACGGGGAGGACGAAGAGUCUGAAGAGGGGGAGGAGGAAGAGGGGGAGGAGGAAGAGGCGUCUCUCUGCUGCAGAGUCUGCGGGAAGUCGUUUGACAGGAAAGGGUUCCUGAUGAAGCACGCUGAGUCUCACCUGAAGGGGGCGCCGUGGCUCUGUGGUCUCUGUGGAGCGGGCUCAGAGUCCAGCGCCGGACUGAAGGUCCACCUGCAGACGCACCGGGACCGGAGCAGAACCUGCGACGUCUGCGGGAAGAAGUUCCCUUCGAUCCGAGCGCAGGAGACGCACCGCCGGCUGCACACCGGAGAAAAACCCUUCAGAUGCUCCGUCUGCGGGAAGGACUUCAACCAGAAGGGCAACAUGGUGACUCACAUGCGCACUCACAGCGAGGAGAAACCCUUCAGAUGCUCCGCCUGCAGGAAGCAGUUCAACCAAGCCGCAUCUCUGGAGCGACACAUGCAGGUUCAUGUUGAUGUUGAGAACAUUGGAGAGAAACCCUUCAGCUGCUCCGUCUGCGAGGCUGCGUUCAGUAAGAGUGCCGAGCUGAGGCGGCACCGCCGGAGCCACGAGGCCCGCGGGCCGCCGGUCCAGAGCCCCAUCAGGAAGCCCAGUCUGAAGCCCAGUCUCACGCCCGCUCACCGCUGCAGGGUCUGCGGCAGCGCCUUCCACAACAAGGGGAACUUCAUGCGCCACGCAGAGACUCACCUCCACGAGACCCCGGGGCUCUGUGGGGUCUGCGGCGAGACCUCGGAGACCCCGGAGAGUCUGCAGAUCCACAUCCAGAGCCACAGGAAGACCAGCAAGAUCUGCGACAUCUGCGGCAUGGCCUUCAGGGACAUGGAGAUCCACAUGAGGACGCACUCGGGACAGAAGCCCUUCAGCUGCUCAGACUGCGGGAAAGACUUCCCCAGGAAAGGCUCUCUGGAGAGACACAUGAAGCUGCAUGCCGGCGAACGGCCGUACAUCUGCGAGUUCUGCGGGAAGACCUUCGUGGAGAACACGGUCCUGAAGAGACACAUCAAGAGCCACACGGGGGGGAAACCCCGCAUCUACGCCUGCGAUGUCUGCGGCAAGAAGUUCACCAUGAGCCAACACCUGGACGUGCACAAGAGGAUCCACACCGGGGAGAAACCCUACACCUGCAGGGUCUGUGGGAAGAGCUUCCGGCAGAUCGGGAACCUGGACUCGCACUCGAGGAUCCACACGGGAGAGAAGCCCUUCAUCUGCAGCCUCUGCGGGAAGCGCUUCCGGCAGAAGAUUUCUCUGGAGACGCACGAGCGCUUCCACAAGAAAGAGAAACCCUUCGGCUGCUCGCUGUGCAGCAAAGGCUUCGUGCAGAAGAUCGACCUGAAGAGACACAUGCUGACGCACACGGGGGAGAAACCCUACAGCUGCUCCCUCUGUGGGAAGAGCUACCAGGAGAAACGCUCCGUGGACUCGCACAUGAAGGUGCACGCCGCCGAGAGGGAGACAGUGGGGGAGAGACAGGGGGAGAGAGUGGGUGAGAGAGUGGGUGAGGGAGUGGGGGAGACGCGACUGGAAGCAGCGAACACUUCAUCACUGGACUUCAUCCAGCUGUGACGAGCAGACACACCUGGAGAAGAGUCCAGAUGUUCAGUUUAAAGGGUCUUAAAGUGUUUUCCUUGCAGACCCUAAACUCGUUACCCAUCAUUCAUCACUUCCUGUACAAGUUAUUGUUUAUCUUUACUCUUGAAUAUUUCCGAGAGCAUGGAGAUAACAAAGUUGUUUAAUAAACUAAAGUCAAUAAAAACAUUUGAAAUUU